UAUAACUUUGUGCACAUCAAGGCAGACGACCGAAGCAGCGGGAUAGUCGCGGUUACCACCGAAAGAAGUCCUCACUGCUCCCCGCAAAAAAAAAAAGUCUACCAUCACUGCUACCGUCGCAUGGAGGCGGACGGCGCCGCCGCCGCCGCCGCCGCGGCUACAAGGGGGAGGGAGGCGGAGAUCAUGGAGGCCCUCCGCGCCCGCGUCCCCUUCUUCAAGAAGCAGGCCGACUAUUUGACUCUUGAAGGUGUGAGGAGAACAUUGGAGAAGGACAUGGAUUUGAAGAUAAAUUCACUUGAUCCUCAUAAAAAGUUCAUUAGGCAAUGUGUAGACAAGGUGUUUUCUGGUUGUGACAAUGAGAAUACUGAUAAUGCAUCAGAGAGGGCUGAAGCUAAAGUGGAUAACUUAUCAGAAGAUGCCCAACCAAUGUUGGGCUCAAACAAAAUCUCCUCCAGUCCUGAUGAGCAGGGGGCAAGAUCCAGUGAAACCGAUAAAGACCCGGAGGGGGUGAAAAAUCACAGUUCUGGUAGUAAUAUCACCGAAGCUAUGAUAAAGAAAGCUAUUGACAAAAGGGCUUCCUAUUUCAGAGAGAACUCAGAAACUCUUACUCUACUAGGAGUUCGACGGACUUUAGAAGAAGACCUCAAACUUGAGAGGAAAGCUUUGGAUGCUUUUAAGGAUUUUAUUACCAAAGAGUUAGAUAGAGUUUUGCAAGAACCUGAAAAUGGAACAACGGAUCAUAGUAAACAGGAGGCUUGCAAGGAUGCUGGUCAGAAAACAAGUAAAGGCUCUAAAAGAGCUCGUCAAGACUCUGAUACCUCUGAACUAAAUAAUAGUCAUAGUGAGAAGGAAGACAGUGAUGAGGAUAUAAGGCCAAUAAAGAGGGGGGCUGAAAAAGGCAGAUAUAUAAAACAGCAGAUUUUUUUUGCAAAAAGAGACAAUAAAAGUGAUAAAGAUCAAGGUCAAAAUUCUGCAGAAGAUAAUCCCCUUUCAUCUGCUGUGAAUGAUAAGAAGGCAGCUCCAGCCCAUGGCAAACGAGUAGAACGUCUUAAGUCAGUAAUAAAAUCUUGUGGAAUGAGUGUGCCACCUUCUGUGUAUCGGAGGGCAAAGCAGGCCCCGGAGAGCAAGCGUGAGGCUUGUUUGAUAAAGGAGUUGGAGGAUAUACUUGAAAAGGAAGGAUUGUCUUCACACCCUUCUGAGAAAGAAAUUAAAGCAGUGAGAAAAAGAAAGGAAAGAGCAAAGGAUCUUGAGGGCAUAGACAUGAGCAAUAUUAUCACGAGUUCUCGUAGGAGAAAUGCAUCUAGUUUUAUACCCCUGCCAGUGCCUAAAAUUGAAGCUGAUAGUGACAGCGAUGAUGAUGAUGAUGAUGAUGGUGAAGAGGAGAAUGUGGAGGGUGGAGAUAAAGGUGACGACGACGAUGCAGAAGCUGGAGAUGGAUGUGCUGAUGAUGCUGGAAACGGGAGCGAUUGACUCUUGCGGCGUUACUACAAGGUAGAAGGAAGUAGUUCUGGCCUUGGCUGGUUCGCUGUGGGCCGGGAUUAAGCCAGUUGUUCAGAAGUUACUUUCUGGCAUCUUAUUUAUGCUGCCGUUAAUAUGGUCCCUACUAUAUUAUUGGCUGGGCAUAUUUAUUAGACUAAUACACUAGGCAAUCAUUGCUGUAGUCCCUUAACCUAAUGUAUAAUAUCAGGCGUGUUAUCUUGGCAGCUGGCUCAGAUUCGUGUUUUCAUCUAGUUCGAAAGCUACAUCAACAUUACGUUUGUUCAAUGUGUGUGUGACGCACGAGAAGUCGCAUCUUAUCAAUUUUGAGAAAUUGUCA